AUGGCCUUGCUCUCGUUCCUGAGGCGAGGGAAAUCAAAGCCACGGGUGCCUUCAUGCAAGGGAGCCUUUCAAAAACCCAACAAACUUCUUCAUCAGAAUUACGAGACCUUGCUGGAGACAUGCUUGAAGAAUAAAUGCCUGUUCAAGGAUGAGAACUUCCCAGCUGACCUUCGUUCCAUUGGAAUGGGAUCAUUGCUGCAGAAACUGCCCCCAAAGCUACAAUGGAAGAGGCCACAUGAGCUGCAUAAAACUCCAAUAUUUUAUACUGCAAACACAAGACGGCUUGAUCUCUGCCAAGGAUUGGUUGAAAACUGUUAGUUCCUGGCCGCGCUGGAAGCACUGACGUUCCACCAAGACAUCUUGGCCAUGGUCGUGCCGCAAAACCAAAGCUUUGAUAGGAAGUACGCUGGCAUUUUCCAUUUCCGGUUUUGGCACUUUGGCGAAUGGGUUGAUGUGGUGGUCGAUGACCGACUGCCAGUGAACGAGGCUGGUCAGCUGGUUUUUCUCUCCUCUGUUUGUAAGAAUCUCUUCUGGGGAGCCCUUUUGGAGAAGGCAUAUGCCAAGCUCUAUGGCUCCUAUGAAGAUCUGCAGAUUGGACAAGUGUCAGAAGCGCUGGUGGAUUUUACAGGCGGAGUUAAUAUGACAAUAAAACUGGCAGAGGCUCCUCCUGAUCUGUGGGAUAUACUGACAAGAGCAACCUACAGCAGAUCUCUCAUGGGUUGCCAGACACAUGUAGGGACAGCAAGGGUCCUAGAGAAUGGGCUGGUGGCUGGCCAUGCCUACACAGUCACUGGAAUUAGAAAGGUGACUUGCAAAUAUGGACCAGAAAAUUUAGUGAGACUGAGAAAUCCAUGGGGAAAAACUGAAUGGAAAGGAGACUGGAGCGAUAGCUCUGGGAACUGGGAGCUGCUCAGCCCAAAGGAGAAGAUUUUGCUGCGGAGAAACCAAGAUGAUGGAGAAUUCUGGAUGUCUUUGCAUGAUUUUAAGACCCACUUCGUAGAUCUGAUGAUCUGUAAAUUAACUCCCGACCUGAUGAGCCAGGAAGAUGGGAAGAAGUGGAUGUAUUCUCUGCAGAUUGGGAGAUGGGUCAAAGGAAGCACAGCAGGUGGCAGGAUGAGGCCCUACAAAGACACAUUUUGGAUGAAUCCCCAGUACUGGCUGGAAGUUUUGCAGGGUGACGGCAGCAAAAGGUCCCUGCAUUCCUGCAGUGUGCUGGUGUCCCUGAUCCAGAAACCCAGCAGCAAACACCGAAACCGGGCACCUCACCUCCCCAUAGGGUUUUCCAUCUUCAAGGUGGGCCCAGAGUACCACAAAAGCAACAAAAGGCUGGCGCCAGCGUUCUUUGCUAGGAACCCCUCCAUCAACCAAAGGCAUCUCUUCCUGAAUGAGCGGGAAGUGACUCAGGAUUUCCGGCUGCAGCCUGGGGUCUAUGUCAUCGUUCCCUCCACCGCAGAACCCCAGCAGGAGUCCGAGUUCAUCCUGCGAGUUUUCUCCAGGAAGCACGUCCUCCGCGAAAUGGGCAGAAAUUCAAGCUUCAUCCUUUCCAAGGAAAUAAUUGAUAAACAUGAAGGCAAGAUUUGGGAGGAUUUCUUCAAUAAGCAUUUUGAAUAUCAUCCUGAAAUAAACGCUGUGCAACUCCAGAGGAUCCUGAAUAACGUUGUCUGGACACAUCUCCAGAGCUUUCGGCUGAGGUUUAGUCUGGAUGCCUGCCAAGGUAUCCUGGCACUGCUGGACCUUAAUGCCACUGGCACACUGAGUAUUCAGGAAUUCAGGGUCCUGUGGAAGAGGCUGCUUUUCUAUCUGGAAGUUUUCCAGAAGAAAGAUGUUGAUAGAUCAGGAAAUCUGGACUUAGUGGAAUUGCAUGCAGCUGUGCAGGAGACAGGUAUUUCGCUCAGCAACGAAGUCUGUAACCUAAUGGCGAUUAGAUACGGCAACCCUGACCUGAAAAUCAGCUUUGAGAGCUUCGUCUGUUUCAUGCUGCGAGUGGAGAUCAUGGGGGAGGCCUUUCGGAACUUAACUACAGACGGCAAAGGGAUAUAUCUCCAGGAAUCUGAGUGGAUGAUGAUGACUCUCUAUUCCUAA